AUGGGCGGUUUCCUAGGCUUCGUCUAUCGUCAAUGGACUAUCAAACCGAAACCGCUGCCUUCAGCCCUUUCCCUGUCAGGCAAAACAGCCUUGAUAACAGGCGCGAACAGUGGCCUAGGCUUCGAAGCAGCCCGCGAGCUCAUGUCACGUAAAAUAUCACGCCUUAUCAUCGCCGUCAGAGACGUCUCCAAAGGCGAGGCCGCAAAGAAAGAGCUUUCAUCAUCGCAAGGUGGCGAUACUUGCGAGAUCGAAGUCUGGCCCCUAGACCACGAAUCCUACCAAAGCAUCGCCGAAUUGGGGAAGCGCACAGCAAAAUUAGAUCGUCUCGACUACGCGCUCCUUAACGCAGGCGUGAAGAUGAUGUCCUACAAGAAAUCGGCGCUAGGGCACGAGACAAAUGUACAAAUCAACCACAUCGGUACCUCCGCCGUCUCCCUCGCCAUCCUCCCCGCCCUCAAGCACACAGCGCAAAGGUACAACACACCGUCUCGACUAAUCAUCGUCUCCUCGGAAGGCCACUUCUGGAUCCCCUUCAAAGAGCGCAGCGCCGGGAAGAUUCUCGCAAAGAUGGAUGAGGAAGAGACUUUUGGCACACAGCAGCAGCGGUACUACACUUCGAAACUACUCAACGUGCUUUGGACGCGGGAGUUGGCUUCAAAGGUUGACAAGGAGGAGGUUGUUGUCAAUACCGUUAACCCGGGGUUCUGCUACAGUGGGCUGCAUAGACAUAGUGCGAGCGUUAUUAAUGUCUUCUUAUGGCUUUUUGCGUGGACGCCGGAACAGGGUGGGAGGUGCUUGACUGAUGCGCUUGUGAAGCACGAGGACUCACAUGGGCAGUAUCUCAGCGAUCAACGACAGACGCCGCCUUCAUCUUUCGUACUUUCGUCUGAUGGUGAGAAGGCACAGAAGAAGAUUUGGGAUGAGACGAUUGCGCUGUUGAAGGACGAGGCCAUUGGGCUGGACACGUCCGUGGUGACGUAA